AAUUUAAUCCCGUAGGAUACCCCUAGUGCGUGCGUGUAAAUAUUGUUAUUUAUCCUGUGGGGAGCCCCUCAAUGUGUAAUUUUAUCUACCUGAGAGCUCGUGUUCGGGUAGUACCCGGGAAGUCACAGCCGAGAUAAGACCUGUUUGGCUUGUUGUUAUGAUGAAGUAGCCUGGGCGGGUACUCAAACUACAUCAGGGUCCUAUUUCCUCGGGCUUUUGUCCCGUUUCGUAAUUAUCAGGUCUUGGGCGGGGUACUACAGCUUAUUACAUUGACAAUAGCCAGUCCGCAGUCCAGGGUGACAGGGAGAGGCUUGCUGAAUGUGUAAUGGUUUUGCAGUAACAGCGGCAACUGUGUGAGAGAGUACGAAAGAGUACGGCAGCCCUGACGGACACAUCGGGACCAGCAAUUUAAAGUUAUGUGUUUAUCUUGAAUAAUGAAAUCUCCUGUUUGAAAUAAUAUCAAUUCAAACCAAAGUUAAUCCAGACGGCAUUGUGAAAGUUUAUUAUGUGAUAUAUGUGAUACUUGUGAAAGUUAUAAUAUUCAAUUUAAUUUGUGAAAGAAAACACGUUUAUCAGAGGAAAUUCAAAAACCGGAACUCAAACCUUCAGCAACGGUGUGGUGAUUAAUUGACGUUUUAAAGAACAUUCUUCCAGGACUGACGUGCUGCUGAUAGACAAUUAAUUUCUAUAUUUUUUAAUUUGUUUUUUUUUUUGUUGUACAAUUUACUUUUGUUUUGUUUAUUAAAUUUUGUUAAAAUUUCAUUUUGUUUUGUUUCCUUCAUUUAUUCAAGUUCUUAAAGUGUAUAACCCACAUCUCAACAAUUUGGUGGCAGCGGUGGGAUACAUCUGAGCUUGGGUAAAUAGAGGAAAUAUUUUUUUUUGCAAUUUUGUUUCUAUUAUUAAUUUUGCUUUUGUGUUUCAGGUUCACAAACUUUCACAAUGUCUGGUAUGCCAGAAUGGAUGGCUGACUUAAUUGAAAAGGGUACAAACGUAAAAGAAUGUCUCGAGAUGUGGCGUCAGGAGCAGGAAUCAAAGAGAGAGCUCGAGAGGGAGAGAUGGGCGCAAGAGAGAGAAGAGCGUCAGGCCCAGAGAGAAAGUGCAAAGUUAGAGGUAGAAAGAGAUGUGAAAUUACGAGAGUUAGCUAUAAGAGAAAAAGAGUUAGAACAUGCUAAAAUUGGGGGGUCUCAACCUCAUGAGAUUAAAUGCCCACCUGUUAAGUUACCUAAGUUUGAGGAGGGACAGGACCCUGAUGUCUUUUUACGGUCGUUUGAAAAGAUAGCUGGGUUGCAGAAAUGGCAUAAAUCCCAGUGGGCUAUACGCUUAGUUCCUAUGUUAGCAGGUAAGGUUUUAGAAGCGUAUUCAAGGUUGUCGGAUGCAGAUAGUGAUAACUAUGAGAUUAUCAAAACAGCUAUUCUCAAGAGAUAUGAGCUUACUUCUGAAGAUUACAGGGAAAAAUUUCGUCAGGGUAAGCAGUCAAAUGAUGAGUCAUUUAAAGAUUUUGUUGUUAGGGUAGAAAGGUACCUCAAUCACUGGUGUGAACGUGAGAAAAUAGAUUCAGAUUUUGGCAAGUUAUAUGAUAUGGUCUUGAGAGAACAGGUUGUUAGAAGUUGUCCAAAAGACUUACAGUUGUGGAUUCUGGAGCAUGACCCGAAGUCUAUUGAGGAGGUUGUUGCGUUGUCUAAUGCAUUUCAGGCGGCACAUAAGAGUAAGUAUCUUAGUAGCAAUAGUGUCCAAUUUCAUAGUACAGGGAAUAGGUCGACGGGAAAGCCAAACAAGUUUAGUUCGACAAAUUCUCAAGAUGGUAAGUCAAAUCUCAAGUCUCACUUUAAUGCAGGGGAUAGCAGAAAGUGUUUCAUUUGUGAUAGAGUAGGACAUAUUGCAGCCAACUGUUUUCUUAAGAGAACUCAGUCAAAGGGUCAAGACAGUAAAGGUCAGAGAGGUACAAAGCCUGAGAAAAGGUCAGAAAAUGUUGGUUUGUGUUUAGAUAAGUCUGAGUCUAAAGUUGUAGACAAUAUACAAGAUACAACCAAAGGUAGGGUGAUUCUUAAGUUGUCCGGAGUUGAUAACGAGUCGCCAGUAAUUGAAACAUCGGCAGCAUUGGGUUUGGAUUUAGUAAAGGACCAGGUGAGUGAUCAACCAGUUGCAGUCUUACGAGAUACCGGAUGCUCUACUGUAUUUGUACGUAGUAAGUUUAUUUCAGACUCUGAUAAAACAGGAUGUUCAAGAGUGAUAACUCUGGCUGAUGGAUCUCAAAGAAACUGUGAUGAGGCAAUGGUAGAUUUGAAGACUCCUUAUGUAUCAGGUAAGGUACAUGCCCUUGUCCUUGAUUCUCCAUUUGCUGAUGUAAUUAUUGGUAAUAAUGUUAGCAUACUUAAACCAAUGGAGGACGAAAAAGAAGUCAAGAGGGAUGGAGAUGACGAGAACACUUGUGCUGCAGUUCAGACACGUUUGCAGGCCAAAUUGGAGCAAGGUAAUAGUAGUUCUCAGAGAAAAGCAACAGAAAAGGAUUCAGAGGAUGAAUCUUUGAAACAAUUGUGGUGCAGCAGAGAGAAGUUGGUAGAACUUCAGGAAUCAGAUGACAGUUUGAAAUCUGCACUGAGUAUGGCACAAGACGAUAGUCAAGAAGGUAAGUCUUACUUUCAGAAACAGGAUGGUUUACUGUAUAGAAUAUUUCAGAAAGAUUCUGGUGAGAAACUUUCCCAGAUCGUCAUACCAAAGACAAUGAGGUCAAAGGUAAUGUCCCUGGCUCAUGACACUCCACUAGCAGGACAUUUAGGUAACAAGAAAACCAGGCAGCGUAUUAUGCAACAUUUCUUUUGGCCUGGAAUGUAUAUUGACAUAUCUCGAUUCUGCAAAUCUUGUUCUAUUUGUCAAAAGGGAACACCAAAAGGUCGAACUCCAAAAGCUCCACUCAUUCCUAUUCCACCCAUUGAGGAACCAUUCUCAAGAAUAGCCAUCGAUUUUGUUGGACCUCUUCCCUUGACGGAGAAGAAAAAUCGUUACAUCUUGAUUUGUAUGGACUACUCAACACGGUAUCCGGAAGCAUUUUCUUUGAAAAACCAAGAAGCAGAGACAGUGGCCAACACUUUGAUAGAGCUGUUUUCUAGGGUAGGUGUGCCUAAUGAAAUUCUGUCGGACCAGGGUACCAAUUUUAUGUCCACACUGAUGACUGAAUUGUGUAAGUUACUUCAGGUAAGAAAAUUAACAACUACCCCUUACCAUCCACAAGCAAAUGGGUUAGUGGAAAAAUUUAAUGGGACUUUGAAGAAAAUGCUGAAGGCAUAUGCUUCUUCUGAACCUUACAAAUGGGAUGUUCAUUUGCCUUACGUCCUUUUUGCAUACAGAGAGGUACCAAAUGAGACAACUGGGUAUUCUCCCUUUGAAUCGCUGUAUGGUAGACAUGUUAGGGGGCCCUUAGCAAUCUUGAAAGAGCAGUGGGAGGAACCUACAGUCGAACAGGCUUCAGUGUUGUCCUACAUUCUGGAGACGAGGGAGAGAAUGCAGAACAUUAGAGAUUUGGUUAAAGAUUCAGAGAGACUCGCGAAAAAGAAACAAAAGAUUUACUACGACAAAAAAGCGAGAAGUCGUACAUUUGAGGUAGGUCAGAAAGUUCUUGUACUUCUUCCAACUAGCACAUCUAAGCUGAUGGCGCAAUGGAAAGGUCCGUAUGAAGUAGUGAAAAAGGUAAGUCCAGUGGAUUACAAGGUAAGAAUAUCCAAGAAUAAAGAACCCGUUUACCAUGUCAACAUGUUGAAAGAGUGGUUUAGCAGAGAUUCGGAAGAGAAGUGUCCGAAAAGCAGUGAAGUUUUGGCAUGUAUGGAUGUAAAACCAAAUUUUUCAGAUGAUGACGAUUACACUAACCAUAGAGUACCAAUCCUUCAACAGACAGAGUCGUCAGAUAAUGUUGAGAUAUCGUCAGAACUGUCAGAAGAGCAGAAACGACAACUCAAAAGGUUAGUAGAAGAAUUUGAGAAUGUAUUUACAGAUGUUCCAAAGAAAACACCAGCACACCAUUAA